GUGCGCCCUCCGCCCCCCGCCAGAGGACUUAAAUCCCUCCCGUGGGAUUCGCGGACACUGUCCAGCGAACAGCUGGGAGGAUGUGGUCCUUCUUGCUGCUGGUGUUGCUCGGUCUGCUGAGACCAUGCACCACCGAAUCAACGUGCGUACAGCAGUGUGACUCAUCUAUAGAUGGCGACAUUUACAAAUACCAGGCGAAAACUCUGACCGGAGGUCAAACAGUGAACUUAAGCGACUACACAGGCAAGACCAUCCUUUUUGUCAAUGUGGCUACAUACUGAGGAUACACCUAUCAGUAUCAGGAACUGAAUGCACUACAGGAGGAGAUGGAAGAUAAGCUCGUAAUUCUCGGCUUUCCCUCCAACCAGUUUGGGAAGCAGGAGCCAGGACAGGGUCAUGAAAUUCUACCAGGCUUAAAGUAUGUUAGACCAGGCAAUGGAUUUGUUCCAAACUUCCUGCUGUUUGAGAAAGGUGACGUGAAUGGAAAAGAUGAGCAGGAGGUUUAUACCUUCCUCAAGAGCGCCUGUCCCGGUGUUGGAAGCAGGUUCCGCUCAAAAGAUUUGCUGUUCUGGGAACCUUUGCAAACCAAUGACAUCAAGUGGAACUUUGAAAAAAUCCUGGUGGGCCCCAACGGGAAGCCAUUGAUGAGGUGGUGUCCAGACGUCCGGAUUACUAAUAUUAGAAAUAAGAUCAGAUUGCUGUUCUCACAACAAGCCCAAGAUUUCAAUUAGAGCUAUGAUUCAUCUCACUGUAAUGUCCAUUUGAUGGCAUAACCUAAUGUGAUGAAUCCUACAUAUCCAGUAGAGUUUAGGUAGAACGUUAAUGAGUAAUGCUAACAGUUUCUCAUACAUAAAAGUGGCAUGUUAAAUGAAGAGGAGGCUUGAAAGCAGGAAUUCUGUGGAGCCUCUUUGGAGUGUGUGUUUCAGGCUGGCUCUUCAGUGCAUUCAGGCCACCCUGAAAUCCCACAGCACCAUGUCAUCUUCUCACCCUAGGAACUGUUAGCAAUUACAGCAGAAAUGUUCAAUACUUUAAAUAAAUCAUGGAAAACA